UCACUUGGGACCCUAAAUCAACUCCCUCAAUUUACCCAGCGCAUAUAGGUCAUGAUCCUUCUUAGAGUCAAUGAAGGCUGGAGAUCUAUCGGCCCUCAGCAUGAUAUUGUACGGAUUAAUAUCAUUAUGCGCAAGGCCUCACGAGUGCAAAUGUAGCACAGCAGAUGUAACCGACUCACAGAACCUGCUUUUAGUGUUUCAGCUGGCAACUCCUAUGUCUUUAUGGGUACGCGCUACCUCUAUGCCCUGGCGCAGAAUAACCAAGCACCGAAGCUCUUCCUCCGGUGCACCAACAGAGGAAUUCCCAUAUGGGCUUUACUGGCUACCACGUCCAUCUCCUUCUUCACGUUCAUGUCAAUAGGUUCCAGCUCCAGCGUGGCCUUCCAGUGGUUCCAGAAACUAACCACGGUUUCAACACUAUCCACCUGGAUCUCGAUCUGUAUCGCAUAUAUGCAUUUUCACGCUGCAUUAGAAGCGCAGAAAGUCAACCGGGCUUCUCUCCCAUUCUCAUUCCCACUUCAGCCGUACUUGACGUAUUGCACGCUGGAGUACCUGUGCAUGGUCGUAUUCUUUAGCGGGUUCGACUAUAUUGCUGGUGGGUAGAAUACGCCAGGGUUUAUUACGUCUUAUAUUGGGUUUCCGAUAUUCUUUGGCUUCUUUCUGUUUUGGAAAGUGCUUAAACAUAUCCUGUGGAUUUAACCUGAAGAAGCCGAUCUGUUUACAGGGAAGGCAGAGUUGGAUGCAAUUUGGUGGCCGCAGAAGAAGGCGAGGAAUAUUAUAGAGCGGGCUUGGUUGGCGUUUAUUUAGCAGCCCAGUUCAGGGUUAAUGAUAUUUAACACGCUUUGCAAGCAUCUCCUCUGCAUGCUGGAACCCAAGGACCUCAUACUCCU